AUGACAUUGUACUUUACUGAUAUUACCUCCACGUCAGAUAAACCAAAGGACCGAGAGAUCCCAUUUCUGUCCUUAGAAGAAAUUCAAGAUGUUUUAAGAAAACAUGUUGCAGAUUCUCCAGAUGAGCUGCUUGUUGAACUGUCUGAAAACCUAAUAAGACCCCUAACCAAAAGUUAUCAGGAAGUGGUACGUUCAGUAUUCAUGUCCUCUUCACCAGCAUCAGGCACAAGCAGGAAGCAAACCAUGAAAGACUUUCAAGAAGAAGUUUCCAAUCUUUAUAACAAUAUUCGGUUGUUUGAGAAGGGAAUCAAGCUUUUUUCAGAUGAAACUCUCAGAGUAAUCUUGCCAAACACCUGCUGAAGACAGUGUGCACUGAUAUUACCAAUCUUAUCUUCAAUUUUCUGGCCGGUGAUGUAAUGAUAGCAGUCGAAGAUUACACUACCAUUACCAGUGAGGUUAGAAAAAAAAUGUUAAAUAAGUUCCAAGAGGAGUCCAAGGGCCCUAUGGCAAAACUUAACAGCUCCCUCUCUGGAAAAAAUAUAGAAGAAUUUUUGUCCUGUCUGGAUUCAGCAGCUGAUGCAUGUGGCAUUCUCGUGAAGAAAGGAGAUAAGAAGAAAGAAAGGCAAGUUUUGUUCCAGCACAGGCUAGCUCUUAUCGAGCAGGUCAAAGUCACGGAAGACGCAGCCCUAGUCUUGCAUCUGACAUCUGUCUUGCUGUUUCAAUUCACAACACAUUGCAUGCUUCACGCACCAGGAAGAUGUGUCCCACAGAUUAUUGCUUUUCUGAAAUCCAAGAUCCCUGAGGAUCAGCAUAGCCUUUUGGUUAACUAUCAAAGCCUUGUAGUAAAACAGCUUAUAGGUCAGACAAAGCAAAAGGAGGAUGAAGAUGUUGACACGAUGGGAGACCCAUCAGAAGUACCAGAGAAAGCAUCAGAGGACGUUAGAAAGGAACUUCAAGAACUGUCCACCAAAAUCAAAGAUCUUGUUCUGCGUGCCAGAAAAUCCUCUGCGUCAGAAGACUAA